AUGAAGUUCAUCAUCGCAUCCGUUCUUCUCGCUGCCAGCUCCGCUCUUGCGGUCCCCCACGCAAGGCGUGCUAGCUCCAUUGCAAUCACCGACUUGACUGCCAGAGAUUCCGUUCUUGAUGGAAUCGUGAGCUUCACUCUCACCGACCCGAACUAUCCUGAUGAUACUCCAACUGACUGCUAUACAUUCUGGAACAAUGGAGAUGGACCGGAUCCAUCUGCCCGCUGCUACAACGAGGAAUACUAUAUCAGGUUUCCCGCUUGGGCUGAUGACUUCAACUCUUUCACUCUGGAAGUCGAGCGUGUGAAUGGCACCAUCGCCGAGGAUGGCACCGCUGUGCUGGACUCCAGCGCUACUGGAACAAACUGGAUCUGUGAGGAUGACCCAGAGUCUGGUGUUAAUAUCGAAUGUGCUUACAGCGGUACUCUUGAAAUCGCUGUUUGA